AUGGACCUGAGCAAGGUGCCCGCAGCGCCUCCACCACCGGGGGUGACUCCCAACUUCGACAACCCACCAAGCGAGGAGUAUGAGAUCUACUCCAUCAGUAUCGCAAUGGCUUUGCGUUAUGGGACAGAUCUGUGCCUGGAUCUUCGCCAUUCUCAGUAUACUCAGUACGUGAUCCUCGCGCUUCCGAGCCAGAUAUCCAGUACUCACACGCACCAAGACAUCAAACACGGUUACGGAAUGCAUAUCUGGGAUCUUCACGUGGAUCAAGUUAUCAUCUUCAAGCAGUACGAUCUGGCAGAAGAGGAUAUCUAUGCCCUCGGGGUGUGGUUUGUGAAGACGGCCAUCCUCGUUUUCUACCUCCGACUCAGCCCUGAGAAGCGAUUCCGCAAAUUGACCUAUGCGAUCAUGAUCUUCGUUGCAGUGUACAGCCUGCUGAGUAUUUUACUGUUCACCAUCGGAUGCAUUCCCGUCCGCGCCAUGUGGGAUGUUACAUUGAUGGACCAGGCCAGGUGCAUCGAUCAGCUGUCUUUCGUUUAUGCCAACGCGGCCUUCAACAUCUUCUCUGAUCUAGCCACCUUGAUUUUGCCGAUCAAGAUCUGCUGGACACUUCAGGCCUCCAUGAGGCAGAGGGUCCUUCUCCUCGUAUUAUUCGUCAUGGGAUCUUUUGCAUGCGUUGUUGCCAUCGUUCGUAUAGUGACCAUGGUCCCGUUCAUGGGCAGCAAUGACUUCACCUGGUACAAAGUGACUCUCGCAAAGUGGUGGUAA